AUGAGUGUCAGCAACUAUGUUCUCUAUGAAGCAUAUGGUAAUGCCACUGCUGCCCUGGACAAUAUAGAGGUGCACUGGAUCAACAAGCCCAGUGUCUUGUUGCUGAAUAAAUCGUACACGUGCUUUAUAGACGUGUACAUUCCCAGCACAGAAGGCCUCCCAGUGUCUAAUUUCUGCCCAAAGCUCCUGCUUCCAAACCUUUUGCGGCUCAGUAUGACCCACCAUAACACUAGCGUUGAUACCCUGCAAUAUUCAGAGGAGCUGGUGCUCAAGGAGACCAGCCGCCUGGGAAGGUUUGCAUUCAGCUUUGCCCCGACCACCGUUGGAAGAUUCAACAUCAACCUUUCGUACCAGCAAGUAACAGUUUGGAGCUGCCAGAUGCACAUCAUCGACUCGUGGUUUCCGUCGGACAAGGCGGAGAUUAAUGGGCCUCUCCUGCAUGCUAAGACACAAGGUAGUUUCUUCGGUCAGCGCGUUUUAGACAACAGGGCAUUCUUCAUUGUCUCUGUGGCAGAGCCGUGUUAUAUAGGCGUCGCAGAUAGUGGUAAUAGAACCAAAACAUGGUCGGCCCAGGUCAAUCCUGGAUUUACUAAGGUUGAAAUAGUAGACAAACAAUUGAAUUUACUAACAAUUUCACAUCUUGGGGGGCCCUCUUCAGAAACCAUUGACACAAAGACUAUCCGCGUAGAGCCCAAGCAGUUCUCCCCUUACAUAAAACUUCGGCAGGGGCAGGAGGCGCGGUUUAUCAAUAUAGAAUAA